UCUCAGUCACGAAUUCACCAUUUACGUCUUCGAACUAGGCGGUCCUCUGUCGCAAGUCCUAAAGACCAUUAAUAGUAUCUUUAUAAAUCCUUGAGAAUCAUCUGAAAUACUGCAAACUCCAUCUUCACCCAAGUCAUCGCUUCUGAUUGUCUACGAUGGCGUUCUCACCGCUCCUCUCCCCGUCCCCAAAUCCCAUCCCCUCAGAAACUACCCGCCAAGUCCGCGGUUCCUUCGGCCUGGCCGUUCUGCGCGAUCAAUUCGCUCUUCCCACCAUAAUUGCCAUCGGCGCUGUUCUCCAGAGCAUCCUUACUCUCAUUCUUCCUCUUCGCGUUGCCCUGCUUCCCGGACUCGUCUGGCUGACCUGGGCCACGAUCGACACCGUCGCCCAGACGAAGGGGUGGAAGAAGAACGAGUACUUGGAGAAUGUGGCGGUGGGGAGGAAGACAUCCGCGCAGGUGCCGAGCGCUGGAGGGCAGUUUGGGGAUAAGCCGUCGGAUGGAAGUGUCGUGGUGCUGCUGCUGGGGGUAAGGAUAAAUCACCCGAUGGGCGUUUUCUCGCCGAACGGAAAAAAGAUUGGCGAAUAUUUCGCCGAGAUGGGAAAGAGUCUGGAGAAGGAAAUGGACAAGUACGGCAUGCUCGGCUCUGGUGCCUGGCUGGGCGGUGGAGAACGAUCGACUUCCAACGGUAUAAUGUACCUGUAUUACUUCCGGGACGUUGAGGGUGUUCACAAGUUCGCCCAUGACCCAAUUCACCGUCGUGGCUGGGAAUGGUGGAACAAGAUCGUAAAAGAAGGGACCGCCGACUACCUUUCGAUCUGGCAUGAGGUCUAUUCGGUGCCAUCGGGCAAUUGGGAGAGUGUUUACAUCAACUCGCACCCUGUUGCGCAUGGUGCUGCUCGAUAUAAGAUCCCAUCCGAAAAGCCGGAAGGCAGGGAUAUUUGGGUUAAUCCUCUGGUAGAUGCUAGCCGAGGGGUGCUGAGAAGCAGUGCAGGUAGGAUGUCGAGGUCCAAUGGGAAGGAGCAUGAAAAAUACGGCGAUAAUCCCUACGCUGUCUGAUCUUUUUUGCGAGGCGAAACGCGUUAUUGUUAGGAUUGGAAUAAUGAAGUGACGAGCUAGCUCAUUGAGCAUAUUGGAGGAGCUCGGUGCUCAACUCAAUUUCCUAUUUGCCGUACACGCCAAAUUCACACCGGCGUGUCCUUCACACCUGAUCUUUGAACAUGUUGAAUCCUCUUUCGGACCCAGAUAGGACAGCCCAGACAUCCCGUCAUGUUAUUCGUCCAUCAUUAGCAUUAUAAUCAUGCUAUCCUAUAGAUUUGCCUUGAGCCCCUAACAGAUAGAAAUCUCCCAUCUCAUGGAACCCUCCAGCCAUAGACAACCAUAGGGAGGAUUACAAUCAACCAAUAAC